CCGCUUCAGGUCCUUCACAUUCCAGGAAAUGUGGCAGUGGUACAGCCUUCACAAGCACCUCCAAGCUGACCCUCAGGCUGGCAGUGACCAUGACCAUGACCAUCCCUCGUCAUGAAGGAGGACGACAUCUCUUCAAAGUUGCUGAAGCGCUUCAGACUCUAUAUUGUCACUAAAGAGACAGAGAAACCUCAGCAGAAAGUGACCCCUCCCGCAGCAGCCACCACGUCGUCCAGCACCGCCACGUCGUCCAGCACCACCACGUCAUCCGGCACCGCCUCCAGUACCGCCACGUCGUCCAGCACCACCACGUCAUCCGGCACCACCUCCAGUACCGCCACGUCGUCCAGCACUGCCACGUCGUCCAGCACCACCUCCAGUACCGCCACGUCGUUCAGCACCGCCACGUUGCCCAGCACUGCCUCCAAUACCGCCACGUCGUCCAGCACCACCUCCAGUACCGCCACGUCGUUCAGCACCGCCACGUUGCCCAGCACCGCCUCCAGUACCGCCAUGUCGUCCAGCACCACCUCCAGUACCGCCACGUCGUCAGCACUGCCACGUCGUCCAGCACUGCCUCCAAUACCGCCAUGUCGUCCAGCACCGCCUCCAGUACCGCCAUGUCGUCCAGCACCACCUCCAAUACCGCCACGUCGUCCAGGAACGUAACGUUGAA